CUCAUCUGUCUUCCUCGUCAAUUCAAUCAGAUCUGCCUCUCUCCGGAGCGCCCUCGUCACCUUCCGAGACAAACCAGAUCCAAUCGAAGAAACAACACUGUAAAAUUUACAGAUUUUGGCCGGCGGCUGCUCCUCCUCCAAGACACUCACCGCCGACUUCCUCUUCCCCAUGGAGGGACUUUCCUCCGCGAACCACAGGUAGUAGCAGCUGGGAAGAAGAAAGAAAAUCUGGUCGCCGCGACAUGUCAAGGUCGGAGCCCCGACGACGCGAAGAAGAAGUUGUCACUGCAGUUGCUGCUGUCACGUCGCCACCCUCCCGUUCUGUCGCCGACCUCUGAAAAAGGUGGACUACUCAAGUACAAGUAGUGGUCUCGGCAAAUCAAAAAGGGGGAAUAGUCAAAUCAAUUUCUCUCUCCGUCAGAAGAAAAGACAGGUGCAGUUCUCAAUGUGGCCACUUGCCCACUUAAAAAAAAAA